AUGAAGGGAUUUUGUGCUGACAAUAUAUCAUCCCAGAAUUUGAUGAAGUCCUCAGUACAGAGGAGUAUCAAAGCAACGAUUUUAAAGCAAUACCCCAAAUUAGAAGACUUCAUUGAGGAAAUAUUUCCCAAAAAGGGUCCUUUAUUUUUAGGAAAAUGUAUAAACCACGUAACUGUAAUUAUUGGAAACAAUGCGUUGUUAUUUUUUCAAAUAAGAAAUGGUCCUUGGAUUCCCAACUUAAAAUUAGUACACAAAUACCCUUUCAUGAUGCCACAAAUACAAGUAGACAAAGGUGCAAUUCGAAACGUUCUUAGAGGAUCCAAUAUAAUGUGUCCAGGGGUUACAUCUCCAGGGGGAAAAUUGGAUGACGUAGAAGCAAACACAGUAGUACAAAUUCGAGCUGAAGAUAAGGAGUUUGCAUGCGCAAUUGGAAUUACCACCAUGUCAUCAAAGGAAAUAUUGGAAGUGAAUAAAGACAUCUGCAUUGAAAAUAUACAUUACUUGAAUGAUGGCUUAUGGAGCUGUAAAAUAGAGAAUUAG